AUUUAUAAUCUGAAUAAACCCUAAGCCUAUUAGAUACAAGUGUUGUUUAAAAGUUCUUUCUCGAAAACCAAAUAUUAGCCACAGGGAGCCGCGACUUCCUGUGUUGGUACAUGCGUGUGUGCACGAUUGGUCCUUGGUUCAGACGUCUUGCGCGGACAGACCGUUAACUUGCAGGACUGCGAUAAUCACGUGUCAUUUUGCCACAAUGUCCACUGCAUUGAGACUUCUCUAUUGUUCGUCUAGACCAGGCACUUUUGGAGUCAAUCCUGGCCUUGUCCGACCGUUCAGUCUGUCAGUCCAGAGAGAGGCAUUCAAGUAUGUAAAUGCACGGGAAGAGGCCACUGAUAUGAAGUCAAUAACAGACCGUGCUGCUCAGACACUGUUAUGGACUGAGCUCUUCAGAGGUUUAGGGAUGACAAUGAGUUACCUGUUCCGUGAGCCAGCUACUAUCAAUUACCCAUUUGAAAAAGGACCCCUGUCACCCCGUUUCCGUGGUGAGCAUGCUCUGCGCAGGUAUCCCAACGGAGAAGAGCGCUGCAUUGCCUGCAAACUUUGCGAAGCCAUCUGUCCUGCACAGGCCAUCACUAUUGAGGCUGAGACUCGUGCAGAUGGAAGCAGGAGGACAACCCGCUACGAUAUUGACAUGACCAAGUGCAUCUACUGUGGUUUCUGCCAGGAGGCUUGUCCUGUUGAUGCCAUUGUAGAGGGGCCUAAUUUUGAGUUCUCCACUGAGACUCAUGAGGAAUUGCUGUAUAACAAAGAGAAGCUGCUGAAUAAUGGUGAUCGCUGGGAAGCUGAGAUCGCCGCUAAUAUCGAGGCCGACUAUUUAUAUAGAUGAAUAACUUCAUGUUUUUACAUACACACACACACACACAUACACACACACACUUAAAACAUAUAGCCUAUGUUUCAGAUAGGCUACUGACAACACUAUGUUAACCAACUAUAAACCACACAAAUCUAUGUGUCAAAAUGUGUCAGAAUAAUAUAUUAAGCUUGCACUGUAAGCAGUUAAAAAAUAGACUAAUCAAGUCCGCGCCAAUGUCAGUUAUACGCACAAUACUAUACUAAAGCUGAUAGAAUUCACUAAAACUAUGGACACAUUUUGUCCGUAACAAUUGAAUAACAACUGAUAAAUGUAUGUAGAGUGACUUUGGAAAAUACAAUAAAGCUUUGAACAUAA